AUGCAGCAGCAGGCGGGGGGCGGGACGGGGCAGUGCAACCAGUUACCAGCGGCCGGCAAUCAGUUGCAUCGUGACCGCGCGUUGCGUUGCGCGUGCCGUCUGCGCGUUCAGAGAUCGCGUCGCGAGAGACGAAACCGUGAGACCAUGGUCUCCGUCGGCGCAUGGAGGCGCCGUUCGCCCGACGAAUGCGACGAACGCUCCGAGCCCGGCACCUCCAGCUCGGGGGUGCCUCGUGCCCCACCGAACUGCGCCAGGUGCCGGAACCAUCGGCUCAAGAUCGAGCUCAAAGGCCACAAACGGUAUUGCAAGUAUCGCUACUGCAAUUGCGAGAAGUGCCGUCUCACGGCGGACAGACAGCGCGUCAUGGCGCUCCAGACGGCGUUGCGGCGUGCGCAAGCGCAGGACGAGGCGAGGGCGCGCGCUCUGGAUUCCGGGUCGCAGCCGCCCGGCGUGGAGCUGGAGAGGCCAGAACCGCCGAUAGUGAAGGCGCCCCGGAGCCCCGUGGUUCCGGCGCCGCGGUCGAUCGGCUCCAGUAGUUCAGUGGGUUCGGUGCCAGGGUCACCGGGAGUGUCGCCGCUGUCUCACGCGCCGCUUCCCCAAGUGCCAGCGCAGCCGAUGCCUCCGCUCCUGCCGCCGCAACAGCCAGGUUAG